CUCAGCAGAACUCAGAUCACAAAAGCAUAGAAGCUUCCACCACGAAGACGAAGAACCAAGUGAGGAGAGUUGAAUCCUUCUGAAUGUUGUAAUCAGCUAGAGCCCGACCAUCCUCAAGCUGUUUCCCAGCGAAGAAGGUUCGUUUGUGUCGAUAGAAUGGCUACAGCUACGUAUCCGCCUCCUCCUCCAUAUUACAGACUUUACAAGGAUUACUCAGAAAACCCUAACUCUGCUCCUGAACCUCCUCCUCCCAUUGAUGGCACUUACGUUUGUUUCGGAGGCAACUAUACUACAGAGGAUGUUCUUCCAAGCUUAGAAGAACAAGGAGUGCCUCAACUUUAUCCCAAGGAUUCAAAUGUUGUUGUAGAUUACAAGAAGGAACUCAGGUCGCUGAAUAGAGAACUUCAGUUACAUAUAUUGGAGCUUGCUGAUGUUCUUGUUGAUAGACCUUCUCAAUAUGCAAAGAGGAUUGGUGACAUUUCUUCAAUCUUCAAGAAUUUGCAUCACCUUCUCAAUUCCUUGAGGCCUCACCAAGCGAGAGCUACGCUUAUUCAUAUUAUGGAACUUCAAAUUCAACAGAGAAAGCAAGCUGUGGAGGACAUUAAGAGGAGGAGAGAAGAAGCACAACGACUUCUCAAGGAUGCUUUCGUCACUUUAGAUGGACAAUAGAGUAUUGUUUGUUUUUUUUACCCAUGCCUGUUAUUGAUUGACCCUGCAAACUAUUUUUGAUUGUUGAUACCACACCAUGUUUAACUUGGCAAUUAGGCCUGGGCAUUUUACCCGGACCCGAAUCCCGAACCCGACCCGAAGUAGAUGGGUCAGUAUCUCUAAGGUUUGGAUACCCGAUCGGGUUCGGAUAAUACCCGAACCUGAAUGCCCACCCGAACUAAAUGUAAAAAUAUGCAUAUUAGAAGAUUUGAACCCAUGACCUUGAGCA